AUGAUUCUGUGGGCGCACAAGACGACCACGUUCGUAUGCCCAUUCGCCGACGCCAUCAUCAACGCCGUCAUACCGUCCUACCCAAAUCAUGUCUCGUUUCCGUCUGUACACGUCAAAAAAGUAUACGUUAUCGACAAGGUUGACGUCUGCCCGGUGUUGGGCUAG